UGCAUCGCGGGUUGAGCCGAACAGCUGUGGAAACAGAAGGAUCUUUAUCGGUAAAGAAAAACCGAGAAAGUUACAAAAGGAAACGUAUGUAGGAUUCAAAUGAUACCGGAUGAUGAAUGAAAUACACGGGACUGUCGCAGUACUAAUUGAGACGUUGUGUGUUAAAUUAAUUCAUAGUAAUUUUCAUAUGAGAUUUAGUUAAAUUCAGUCCGAGCUGAUUGAAAUGAACUUAAAAUAAGAAAUUGGAUUUGGCAGAAAAUUUAAGAAGUCGAAAAGGUAGUUGUAACUAAGCCGUUUCAAAGUGGAUAUCAAAGACGUUUUAUUUAAAGAUUAUUUGUCUUUUAUCUGGCUGGGAAUACGUUUAUGCCUUAAAAUUCACCCUUUUAUCACUUCUUUCAAGGAAGGUUUGUUUCUUGGAUAACGUGGUUUUGUUGUACGUAUUCCUGAAAGACGAAACGAAAGAUCACUUUUAAUUAUUGAGCGGGUGUAUCUGCUCGUCCCAGCCCGAAAACUGGGGACCCAUUGUUACUGAGCUGUUCAGACAGCACAACGCUGAAUAAUUCAUUGGGGUAAAAUGAGCUCCGGGGAGCAGCCAGCCGCUACCAACGCCAGCAGCGCCGAUGACGAUGGCAUGUCUUGGUGGUAUCGGUGGAUCUGCAAAAUUGCUGGAGUCGUGGGAGGAAUCUCAUGUGCAAUUGCAGGAAUCUGGAACUGUGUUACGAUCAACCCCUUAAACAUAGCAGCAGGCGUGUGGAUGGUGUUAAAUGCCUUUGUCCUAUUUUUAUGUGAAGCUCCAUUCUGCUGUCAGUUCAUUGAGUUCGCCAAUGCAGUAGCUGCCCGAGCUGACAGACUUCGUCCCUGGCAGAAGGCUUUCUUCUACUGUGGGAUGGCAUUAUUUCCAGUAAUUCUAAGUAUUUCCAUCACCACGCUGUUGGGAAAUGCAAUAGCCUUUGGAACAGGUGUCCUGUAUGGGUUGGCAUCCCUAGGGAAAAAGGGAGAUGCAGUCAGUUAUGCGCGUCUACAGCACCAGAAGCAAGGAGAUGAGGAAAAAAUGACAGGAACUACUGAUGGAGUAGCACAAUAACCUUAAUAUGGCAACUUCAUCCACUAAACAUUUAAUACUGCAUUCAGUAAACCAAGGGCCGCCAUUUACCUUUUUAUCAAGCUGCUGGAAUUAGAUACUAAUAUAUUCUGUCUUAUUUUAAUAUAAUGCUUUAACAUCUGUUUUCUUUGUGGGUUUUAAAAAUGUAUAAGCUGUAUCUUCUAUCUGUACUGACAUCUGAAGUUUUAAAGAAUUUUCAAAAGCAAGCAAUCGAAAACUGCUGUAGACCAAAUCAAGUUUAAAAAGGGAUUUUUUUCAUGGGGCAAAAUCAUUUACAGUGCUGGACAAUUCUGACAAUAGCUAUUUUCUUUGUUUCUAGAAAGGCCAGUGUCCUUAGACUGUCUUUACAUGGGUUUGCAAGUUUUUAAGCUACUGAUUUUAUGAGAAAUUACCAAAUGUGUUGACAAAUACAGUGAUUGCUCAAUUUUAUAAAUAAACGCCUUUGGAAUAUCACACAUCUUGUUGGCAAUAGAUGUCCCAAAAGGAAUAAUUUCAUCCACUGCAGGAACAAGAAAAUUUCCCAGCAGCAGUCAUUCUAGUUGUGUUGUGACUGCUUUUUUAAUUCAACUCGUGUUUCAAAAUGUGGUGCUAUUUUGGGUAACUCCUCAAAGGAAAGUUUGUUUUUACUAAUUAAGCAGAAGGAAAUUUCAUUUGAUUUCUCUCUGACAAUAUAAUGCAUGAUUGCUGUGGUAGGAGACAUACCUAUUACAUGACUGACUACUUUUAAAAAAUAUUCCUUAUGCAUACUGUUCAAGCAUGAUUAAAUUAAACUAUAUUUGAUUCUGAACACAUUUAUUGAUUAAAAUAAAAAAACGGUUUUCUGUUAACUGAAUAAUCACUUAUGAAAUUGGGUCUGGGUGCAGGUUUUGUUUGUAAUGUUAUAAAACAAAUGUUACAUGUUUUGUUACAAAAGUGGGACUGUGAAGUUUUUUUUUUCUCUGGAAAAAACGUAUUUUUCAGGCAGAGUGAUACUUAAAAUACCUCAGUGUGACACUACACACUCAUAAUGGAAGCAUGUGUUUUUUAAGGUUUGUAUAAGGUAGGAUAUUUUAGUUAAGCUAAAGGAAACUAGGAAUGAUAUAACCCUAAAGAUGCUAAUCUGCCAUGUUGUGAAAUGGAACCCUGUCUCAUUAGUGCAGACUGGACUUGGCUUUUGGCUUGUUCCAAAACCAUACAAAUUAAUAUGGAAAUAGAUACUGUAAUUGAUAUUUAUAGUAUUUUCAUCAGUGAUAGAAUGUUCCUUUGGUCUGUGGUAAACAUGGUCUUUUAUACAUUAAGAUUCCAGCCAUAACUCAAGUUUUCACAUAGUUUUACAUUUUCUUUGGCAUUCCAGAUUUCAUUUUGUUUGCACUGUGUUUAGCUUCUAGUUUGUUUAGGUGGCGGUGUUAUGUUUCUGUCUCCUAUUGUUGGUGAUGCUGAAUUGUGCAUGGUGGCAUCUUUUACAGCAGAGCAGAUACAAAGAUAUCUCGUAUGAUUUCAAAACGUAAUUGUCUUUAUUUUGGGGGAGCUGGGUAUGUUGCAGAUAGUGAAUGUGGAUGGCAAAAUACAGUGGGGUGUAAUACUAAUAAUGAGUAUCAUGCUAUAUGAGUUAAUUGAUUUUUAAUGGUUUCAGCUAAAUCCUUAAUACAAUCUGAACUGUUCCUUGCCAAAUUUAGCUUUCUUUCCCCUCUACUUCACCAAAGCAGCUUCCCAUCAAAGGUGAUGCAACAAAGGUGUUGUGUCUUUUUUAAAGCACAAAAACCUCAAUAAACAUGUAGACCAGUUAUCAUACAUUUAAGUACUCGAGAAAAAUAAUACGGCAUUCUAACUGUGGGUAGAAUGGUUUUGUUACUGAAAUUAACUGAUCACACAGACGAGAAUCUAUGCAUCUACAGAAAGUACAUUUGUACCAUAUAUCUUUUGUAAUACAGUAUAUUUGCCUUCAUACACCAGCUAGUAUGAAGGACACUAUACACCAGCAAACUGACAUACUACAGUGUUUUAAAAAUAGAUCUUGCAGGAUCUAUUUUGGAAAUAUAAUGCUAUAAAUCUGUAAUUAAUGCUAAAAAACAUAUUUAUUCCAAUGAGCAAUACUUAUGUUGAUAGAUGCAGAAACCACUCAUUUUUAAAAAGGAAUGAUCUAUCUUUAAUUGUUCUUGAGAAGUCAGUACACCAAGACUAUCCCUAGUGUACAUUGCAUAGGUCCCUGUAAUGUGUUUAAUAGUUUAAUAGUUAAUAGCUAACCUAGAGAAGCCACGUUUUCCUUUGGUUUGUAAACACCUUGAUUAAGCUGUUUGGAUUUUUUUAUAUAUAUUUUUCCUGACUGCUGAUAAUGGGGGGUCUUCUAAAAAAAACGAAAUACCAGUUUUGUUUUUUUGUUUUAUUCUUGAGUGCUGACAGAGUUCCAAACACUUCUGUGUUAAUAUUCAGAUUUAAUACAGGAGGUAUCCCAGUACAGAAGAUGAGGCACUGUAGUGUUCCAAAGAAUUUCAAAGGAAUGGGGACAAAUGUGUAACACAUAUUCAAGUGUUGCAAAUCCAUCAGUAAAUUUAAGAAUUGCACAUCACAUGUGUGAUGUAUUUAAUUAAAAUAUUACCCAGAAGGGUUUUGGAAUCUUGCAGUGCACUGUAAGAUGAAUUCAUCAUUCAAAAUACGUAAAAACAUUUAGGAUUGUAAAUCAUGUUUUGGAUUGUGCUCUUUUCUUCUUACAAUUGUGGCUGCUUUGCCCCUGAGCCCCUAAUUUGUCCUGUGCAUUUUGGAAAUAGUUCUUCUCAUGUAGCUUUCAGAUGAAGCAACAAAGAAUUCCUGUCAGUCUUGUAAAUGUAUGCAUUACUAAAGCAAGGUUAAAGGGGCAGUUUCAGCAUAGCUGUUCCUCUCGUUAUUUUAGAUUUGCUUGCUGGUUCCAGUGAAACAGUGAAUUUGAAAAUGAAUAACACAUUUCAUCAGUGUGUUUGGUUGAGGGGAAGGUAAAUAAAUAUCUCCUGCAAAUAAAAUAUCGGGCACUUGCAAUGUUUGCAGCAAGUACUGCAUUUUUUAAUUUCAUGUUUUAAAUCUUAAUUUUUAGGUUUUUAAGAUGCGGGGAGAGGGUGUUAUUCACAACGGUUUUGUAGAAAUUCAAAAACUCUCAAUUUAAUCUGAAUUGAAGUCCCUGGGGUAUACAGGUAUGUGUUAACUACUCCCUUUAUGUAUAGAAAGCUAGUUUUCAAAGGAGGAUAUUUCAAACUCCCAUCCUUCAGUUAUUGAAGUUUGAUUCAUGAUAAUUCCUGCACGUGUAACGUGUAAUGUUAACGUGUAAGAUCAAGUUUGUGGUUUUUUCCAGGUAACAUUGCUGCUGCUGUAAAAGAUGCAAAAGCUCCGCUUGAGGGUGACUUUGUUUGACUUUUCUUGUCCCUUUUUUGGAGAUCUUGAUCUUAAAAACAUUUUUGCUUGUUUUUUCUAAUUUCCUGUAUAUUUGUUAUAAAUAAAGCCAGUUCAGUCUUUUUACGG